GUAGUACGCACGCGUACCGCAAAAUAACGUGCGCGUUGGCCUGACUGUGUUUAUCCAAGUGGAGGCUGGGUGGACCGCCUUCUCCUAUCUGGGAGGGACAGGAGUGGCUAGCUGACUGGCUAGCUGGUUAGCGUGAAUAUAGUAAACGGCCGCUACUGGUUGUUGAUAGCUAGAUAACCGAUGCCGAUGCCGUUACGUUUCGACGUCGGUCUCCAUAACCCGGUUCGUUUACUCUCGACGCGUCGGUGCCAUCAGUCCCGUUACCCGACGCACAGUGAAGCUAACGGAUAAGCUAGCUUGUCAAGCCGCCCCGCGGUGCGCUCGCUCCCUGUAUGUCCAGGUGUUGGAGCGUCGCUCGGGGUUCUCAUGGCCGUUGGUUGACGGGCGAAGCGAUGCGGCACCACUGGCUGCUCCUCGGGGCUUGCGGCUGGGUUCUGCUCAUCCUGAUGUUCGUCAGCAAGUUCAUCGGCUUCAGAGCUGUGGAUGAUUACGGAGGGAGGGUCGUUGGUCAGAGUUGGACAGUGCAAGGCACCAAGGUGGUCAAACCCAUUCCUGUUUCCAACCCAGUACAACCCGGUCCAAAGCCAUCUGAUCAGCCCUCACCAGUCCCCUCAGUGACCGACUGGCAGUCCGUCGUCGAGAGUCGGCUCGAGUUGCUCUCCAAUGUGUGCAAGAACAGCAGCUUUGCGAACACGACUCAUGCUGCCAUCAGCAAGUUUGUCCUGGACCGCAUCUUCGUCUGCGACAAACACAAGAUCUUGUUCUGCCAGACGCCUAAAGUGGGCAACACGCAGUGGAAAAAGGUCCUCAUUGUGCUCAAUGGAGCGUUCCCCACUGUGGAGGAGAUCCCCGAAAACCUUGUUCACGACCACGAGAAGAACGGCCUUCCGCGUCUCUCGUCCCUCGCGCCGCAGGAGAUCACUCACAGAUUAAACACUUACUUUAAGUUUUUCAUCGUGAGAGACCCCUUCGAGCGGCUGAUUUCGGCCUUCAAGGACAAGUUUGUGAAGAACCCGCGCUUCGAGCCUUGGUACAAGCACGACAUCGCCCCGGCCAUCAUCCGCAAGUACCGCAAGAUCCACCGCGACGGCGAGCUCGCCGCCUCCGGCCUGCACUUUGAGGACUUUGUCCGUUACUUGGGCGACGCGGAAGGCCGCCAGCGCAUGGACCGGCAGUUCGGCGAGCACGUCAUCCACUGGGUGACCUACGCGGAGCUGUGCGCGCCCUGCGAGAUUCACUACAGCGCGGUGGGCCACCACGAGACGCUGGAGCAGGACGCCGCCCACAUUCUCAAAGCUACGGGCAUCGACCACGCGGUGUCCUACCCCGCCAUCCCCCCAGGCAUCACCCGCUACAACAGGACCAAGGUGGAGCAAUACUUUGCGGGCAUCAGCCGGCGGGACAUCAGGCGUCUCUACGCACGAUACCAGGGGGACUUCCAGCUGUUCGGUUACCCGAUCCCUGACUUUCUACUGGACUAAAAACUGAUUAACGCAGCCUUAAGAUUUUGUGUGUGUGGGGGGAGAGGGGAGUCAAUGGGAAGGUAAAAUACAGGCGUUGCUACCUUUUUAUAUUUAAUGAUCUUGAAUGACCGAUUGUCUUAGAGAGAGGUGUUCUCUGUAGUUCCAGGGAUACAGACCUGUUGCCCUGUAAUGUAGCUACUGUACUGGACCGUACGGGUGGCCGUGUCAUCGGAAGAGGGGGGCAGCCAUAGGUCAGUGCCAUGCGUUUUGACACGUUCCGUCUUUUCUGUACCUCUUGCUAUCACGCUAGACAUAGGCAGAGCUACCCUGUAUCAGGGACUUUUUUUGGUAUAAACGUUAGGCUUAGAAGACAAACAUAUAGGACAUCAGCGUUUUUCACAAAUUAGCUGUUUAUUAUUUUGUUACAGGGGUCAUUUGGGUGUUUUGGGUUGUAUGUGAUUCACUUACUCAGCGUCAGUUCAUUAACCCCCCCCCCAGGACAUGACUCUUGACACACCCCAUGUUUGAAGAAACAGGGAGGCAUUACUGCACUGAAACAAAGCAAGUUGACUCUACGUACAUGAAACACUAAACAUUAUACACUUAAAAGAAAAGGCCCACUAAAGGUAAAGGCUGACGAUGGAUCCUUACCUCAUACACCCAAACUACCCUAUUAACGUCUUGGAAGAUGCUAUAGUACUCUUCAAAUAUCAUGAAAUACUUACACAAUGAAGCAAAGGCUAUAGUCCUUAGUGUGUCCUUUGUGAGAUUGAUUAAAGACUGCUUUUCUUUUUCAGCUGUUAACCGCACCGGGACAUUGAAGGAAAUUGGCACUGGAUUUUACAGGAUCAUUUUUCCAUCAGAGAUGUUUGAAUGUUAUUAGCGUCUCUCGCCACGCAACAUUUCUACUACAUUUUGCUAUUUAUGAUAUGUAAUUAUUAACCCGGCACCAACAGUGUAGGACUCUGCCACCUGGGGACUUUUUUGGACAGGUGAUUAUAACACAAGUAACACGACUCUGUAUUAAAGUUCCAUGUGAAUUGAUGUGCUGUUCCUUCUUUUUUUAUUUUAAUUGUGUGUUGGUUUAAGGCAUAUUUACCAUUAAGGACGUGGCCCAUAUCUUGUUUGUUGCUGCAUUAACAUCAAACAUCCACCAGGCGGCAGUAAAAGACCUACGAUGUUACAAUAUGACUACUUCGUUAAGAAAAACCACAAACCCUUGUUGAAGCCUUUCACUAAAUGUCGUCUCACAGUUGUUGCUAUGGACAUUUGAGACAUGGAAAUAGGGACAAAGCAAUGACUUUAUAGCCAUAAGUCAGCAACAAACACCUCAAGACAGAUGGAGCAGUAUCUAAAGUGCAAGCUAACCUUUUAUCAGAUGGACUUAAGUUGUAUCACGGACCAUAAAACAUAAUUCUUACACAGA